CCCGCGCCGGAAGUGGCUUCCGCUCCUCUCUCUGCGCCGCGUUUCGGCCUGUCGGAGGUGGGCUGUUGUCGAGUCGCGGCGAGGCCGGCGCACCGCAGCCAUGACGGAGGCUGAUGUGAAUCCGAAGGCCUACCCCCUGGCAGAUGCCCACCUCACCAAGAAGCUGCUGGACCUUGUUCAGCAGUCAUGCAACUACAAGCAGCUUCGGAAAGGAGCCAAUGAAGCCACCAAAACCCUCAACAGGGGCAUCUCUGAGUUCAUUGUGAUGGCAGCAGACGCUGAACCCUUGGAGAUCAUCCUGCACCUCCCCCUGCUGUGUGAAGACAAGAAUGUCCCCUAUGUAUUCGUGCGCUCCAAGCAGGCCCUAGGACGGGCCUGUGGGGUCUCCAGACCUGUCAUCGCCUGUUCGGUUACCAUCAAAGAAGGCUCCCAGCUAAAGCAGCAGAUCCAGUCCAUCCAGCAGUCUAUUGAAAGGCUCCUGGUGUAGGCCUGUGGCCUCUGCCCUUUCCUGUCUGCUCCCACCCCUCUUGUGUAUCAUAUUGUCUGUUAGCAUGUGGUAUUUUCAGCCAGUUUCUAUUAUAAAUAUUGUACUACAUCCGGUUUUUGUAUUUUUAAUUUGUCUUACAGGGUUGCUUUGUCCCCAUCUCAUCCUCUCUUCUACCAUUUUUUAAUCUUUUUAAAAAGUGAAAUGAUACCUAAGACAGGUGAGAGGCAGAAUGUCACCAUUUAACAGCAGGAGUAACCAGGAAAAACCUAAGCCAGGGAUAGUGUCUGUUUUCACCUCCGAACUCAUUCCUCUGUGUAAGGUAAAUGAAGUAACACCAGUCCCUCAUGCCUUUGCAUAUAAGAUCUCCAUAUAUGUUAACAGGACUGAAGAUUUUUCUUUGGGGAACAGUCCCUCCCGCCCACCAUCAUUUGUAGAGGAAGUUUGAUAACGUUAAGCCUAAGUCCAAGUGCCAUUUAUUAAUGUUUGUGUGUUUUUGGUAUGUGUAACCUUAUAAUCUCACCUCGUUCCCCACUGAGGGUGUCAAGGCAGUAACAAGUCAAAGGGAUGGUCUGCAGACUCAGGCAGCAGGGUGAGUUUGAUGGCCUGGAUCUGAAGAGUAACAAGGACAAAAUAGUUUGUGCUGGAGUAAAGGACUCUGGGGCCGGAAUUUACAGCAGAGACAAAGUUAUCAGGAACAUCCUGUCCUUGGUUGAAUGGGGUUUUUUGUGGAGCCAUUUGACACCCACUUUGGGAGGGAAGCUUUAUCCUUUUCCUCCCAAAACAUGGGUCAGAUGUAUUCUGUCACAUGAAGAGAGUGGUAAUAAUGUUCAUUCUUGAGCAUCCUAAUAAAGAAAUAUGUUCCUAUUUCAUUUUAAA